CAUAUCAAUCUUAUCAUAUCAAUCUUAUGUUCACUGAACUUUUGCUACAAUUUUUAUUUAUAAAUUUAUAUUAAUUGUAAGUUGUGAAUUUAUAAGACUGGAUGUGAUUGGUAAGAAAGUGCUGUACUUACAUAAUUAUUUGAAGUCGAUUAUGUGACAACUCUUGAAUUCGGGAAUUUUAAUUCGUGAACGUUGCUUUGUGCAAGUGUGCGCCGUAAGACGAUAAGAGAAUAAUUAUUAUGGUGGAACCCCUACUUGCUUGUUACGUAUUGAGUCAGUAGGCUACAGGAUCUGUUAUUAUGGAUACCCCAAAACUUUCCUCGUCGAAUGAAAACGUCAAAAGCGCGGACACCGAGAACUUAUUCCAGAAGCCUAGAACUGCGUCGCUGACCGACAAAACGUCGGACAAGAAAUCGCGAAAACGCUCGCGAUCUGGAAGUCCAGUAUCCCAGAAGAAAUUGUUGUCCUUCAUUUCGCCAGCCUCGGCUCUUUUGGUGCAGUCCAAGUCGUCUUCUGAGAAGAAGUCGAAGAGUAAAAGAAGUGACAAGACCAAAAGCGACAAAGCUAAACGAAAGAAAUCCAAAAAGCAAAGUUCCAAAAAGUCGAAGCGCAGCCGAGCACAGCCAAAGACUGCACCGCCCAUUGCUGCCCCUUCCGAGCUUCCUUUGACGCCGAAGGAUACACCUCCUGCGUCCCCGCCGGCACAGGCGGAGCUGCCGACCAGUGCAGUUGCUUCGAAGCAACCUCCUGAGGAUAUUUGUGAAGAGAAAGUUGCAGUGAGCGUUGUUGCGCCACUGGUGCCGCUGGGCCACACGCCUCCUGAGCCGAGUCCUAAUUCUCCCAGUUCACCAGGAAGCGACGUCAAGCCUGCGACCAAAUCAACUCUGCCCUCUUCAUUCGCAUUGAAUACGGUGGCUGGAUUGCGCGGAAAGGUUCCUCUCAAAAAAGUGCGCAGUACUGAUGCAAUUCCCGCGGGGGAAUAUGAACAACUACGAAAGGAAUUUUCCAAAAAGAUAGUCGAUGCCUUUCGCAGCAGUAAGCCUCAUUCGCGCAGUCGCAUUUUGACCCUUGCCGAAGUGGCAACGAAAAAGGCUUAUUUGUACAAAUCCACAGAGAAGAUUCUAGCUAAACAGAUGGACAAGAUGGUUGAAGGAAACUUCGAAGGCGUCAUUGCCUGUUUGUACUUGGUAGACGCCAUAGUUUCGCGAGCGAAAAAGGAAUUCGGAAAAAGUAAAGAAAAAUUUAGUGACCGGCUAUUGCCUACUGUAAUGAAACAUCUAAACCGCACUAUGGAAAUGCAGCUGCCACCAUCCCUGUCAACAAAAGCCAUGGAUCUCAUUGCAGAAAAAACUAUAGAAAUGCAGCGUAUCAAGAAAGAAGCCCUGCGACUCGUCAACAAUUGGCUUGAAAAGAAAGCAUUUCGUGACCUCGAAGGACAGCUGCUUAGUUUCCGAAAGAAAUGGUUGCCACAAUUUCCAGCUACCAAAACCGACAAAUUUCACCCUAGCUUUUCAGUAAAGACUAAAAAGCUCCGACUGAAUAUACCAAAAGAACUUGAAGUUACGGAAUCACCUCCGUCGCCCCCGCGAUCUCUCAGUCCGGUCCCACUGCCCCCUGCCUUGCCUUUGCCAGUUCCUGCUCUCAAUAAACCUAUGCAGAAUACCCCCGCAUUCAGUGUUAUGGUGGUUAAUAAAACUGGCCUGACUGCGGUGCCUCCUCCACCCCCUUUAAAGAACGCGUCGAACCAAGAAGUAGACUCGCUUGAAUCACGCGUAAAAGCUUUGUCGGGCCAAGGAUUGACCACAACUCGAACCGCGGUUGUGGACUUUCAACCUCCUUUACUUCCGCUUCCUGCAGCCAUGCUGAUGUCAGUGCCGCCCCCUCCUAAUGGCAUUUUACAACCUUUGCCUCCUCCAGUGGUACCUUUUGCGAGUAUGCGGUCUGGUUUGCCAGUUUAUAAUAUGCUUUCCCAAGGUUUACUUCCUCUUCCGGUCGGUGUGGCUGUGGAUAAUUCACAACUGACCACACCAGUGGCAUCUGCCACCAAUGCAGAUGAGCUCUCCGCAUUUUAUAAUGACAUAAAGACAGUGGUUGCUGCACCAAAGAACGAUCAGGGAGAAGUGAGAAAUGUACCGCUUACAGGCAGCAGCAAGCCUGCCACUGUGCCUCAAGUGGGUAAUAGUUUGCCACAACGGCGUGCUUUGUUGCCACCUGUACCCGAUCCAGUCGGAACUGAGGCGGACUGGAGGAGGUGGUGUGGAUUCGGCCCAAAACCUCGAGGCAUGCAUUAUUCAGUGGUGACGCGAACGUUGCAUGUACGUGUUUUGCCAAAAGACUGUGAUGCUGCACGUAAUAAGGCGAUCCUGUGUCGAUUGUUUUCACGCUUUGUGGUCAACGAUGAGCCGGUGGAUGUUGUGGUGGAUCCCUAUAACAACUUUGCUGUUAUUACGAUGGAAAAUCGAGCUCGAGCUCAUCAAGCUAAGCGAGAAAUACUCGGCAACCCGGACGUUAACCGCAACAAGCAGGAGGGAGCUCGCAAAUGGGAUGCUGAACUGGAGGAAAGUGAGCGAUUCAUUGUGAUGGCCAUACGAAGCGGAAGAAUGCAGUUAGAUUGGUAUCCUAGCGAGUAUAUCAAGAAGAACUUCUCGCGAUAUUGGGAAGUAUCUCCCUUUGGAUGUGCGUAUAUCCCAUGGAACAGUUUAUGGACUGCUAAGACGGAUCGGCACCGGGUUAAUCCAACAUUUGAUCCAGGGAAAUUUCGUCAGUUUGCGCAGAAUAUGCUCGCUGAUGGAACGACAGCGAUUUUGCCCGAUUCGCUGUAUCCUCAAGAUAGACCUAUUUACGCGGAGGUGAUUAAUAAUCAUCCUUAUUUUUCAAAACAAAUUUUUCCUCAUAGACGCGGAGCACGAUAUUAAACUCUAUGGUUCUGGAUGUAAAAACACGUUUUCUUUCGUUUACCGGUUUUAGAUUUCACCGUCUACCAUGUGUUGUUUUGUGUUACUGGUUUGUUUAUUAACAGUAGUUAUUCGAGUUUGAAUAAUUUGAAAAAAUGGACACGGCUGGUGCAUAAUAAAAACAGA